UGUUUUGUUGUUGUGUAUUUAGGAGUACAGAGCUUUACCCUAAACUUCGUAUUCUCUCAUCUUCUACAUAAACAAACCUCUUCUUCUCUUCUCUUCCUCAAACCCCAUUCUCUGUUCUUCCAUUCCUUUUCUUUCACUCUCUCUUUUUAACUCAUUUCUUAAGAAACAUCAAAUGCUGUUUUUAUUUGUUUGAUAUUUCUUCUUCAUAUUUUGCAACAUCCUUCAAUGGCGGAUAGUUUUUACUGUACAGAGAAUGCCAAUAUUUGUUUUGAUGAUCAAUUUGAUUGUAAUGCUACAAAUAAUGUGUUUGAACAAUGCUCAAUUUCUCUGCCCCACCGAAGAACCCGUGACCAGUAUGUUGAAACUUUUCUGGGCUCUGCCUUAGAGAGUGAAGAGAGAGUUAGAAGAAUGGUAGAGAAAGAGAUUGAGCAUUUGCCAACUCAUGAUUAUCUUAAGAGAAUGCUCUCUGGGGAUUUGGAUUUCAAGUUCAGAAAAGAGGCUGUUGAUUGGAUUUGGAAGGCUCAUGCCCAUUACAGCUUUGGACCUCUGAGUCUUUGUUUAUCUAUGAACUACUUGGAUCGUUUCCUCUCAGUGUAUCAUUUGCCUAUGGAUAAAAGCUGGACUGUGCAGCUUCUGUCAGUAGCUUGUAUGUCUCUAGCAGCAAAAAUGGAGGAGACAGAAGUUCCUCUUCCCAUAGAUUUACAGGUUGAGGAACCUAAGUUUGUGUUUGAAGCAAAAACUAUACAAAGAAUGGAGCUUUUAGUUCUAAGCAGGUUGAAAUGGAAGAUGCAAGCCAUAACUCCAUUUUCUUUCAUUGAUUAUUUCCUCAGUAAGAUCACUGUUGAGCAGCAUAUACCAAGCCUGUUUUUCUCUAAAUCUUCACAACUCAUUCUGAGCACAAUUAAAGGCAUUGACUUCUUGGAAUUCAAGCCCUCUGAAAUUGCUUUAGCUGUGGCAAUUUCCAUUUCAGGAGAAUUUCAAGCACCGGAUAUGAAUAAAGCAAUCCUUUCUUUUCCAUAUAUGGAGAAAGAAAGAGUGAUGAAGUGUAUUGAAUUGAUUAGAGAUUUGUCAUUGAUUAAUAAUGUGUAUGGAAAUGAAUUGGAUGGUAAUGUUGUUGGUGGUUCAGUUCCUCAGAGCCCAGUUGGGGUUUUGGAUGCAGCUUGUUUGAGUUACAAAACAGAGGAACUAUUAACUGCAGGCUCAUGUGGUAAUUCUUCUUCUCAUGACAGUGCAGACAGCAAAAGGAGGAGACAAGAUAGACCAUCAUCAAAUGAUGAUUCAAGUCCAUCCAGUCCUGUCAAAUGAAAGAAAACACACAAAAAAGAGAGAGAGAAAAAAAGAGGGUGAAUAAAAUUUAGGUAAGUGUCAUCAGUUAGAGUGUUACUUAAAAUGAAAAUUUCCACAACAUAUCAUAUUCAAAACUUUGAGAUAGAUAGAAAAACACAGCAAAAAAGCAGGAAACUGUUGCUUCAAUUCCUAAAAUUCACUUUUGUAAACAGAAUUUUACUGUAAAAGAAGCAGAGGAAGAAGAAUAUGCAUAAGAAAGAGAGGAGAUGUUUGCUGUGGUGUGUGUGAUUUUGCAGUGAGUUUUUUUUUUUUUUUUUUUGGAUUUAUUUUCCUUAGGGAUUUAAAUAAUUGAGUUAUUGUGUGGAGGGGGGGUGGUUUGUUUUUGGGGAUUGAGAAAAGGGGGCCCCACUUGGUCAAACCCCCUCUGUGUUUUUGAGUGUAUGACCAGUCAACAUCUGGAAUGUAUUGCUCUGUAAAACCAACUCUCUAUCUGUAUGUAUAUAAUGAUUAUUCAAAAACAAAGAAAAAAAAAA